AUGGACUUUUCCAAGCUUGCCGGUCCUUUAACCGACCUGACAAAGAAAAAUGGUCAUUUCAUGUGGGAUGCUAGAUGUGAAGCAGGUUUUCGAGAGUUAAAGAAAAGAUUAACCAUGGCACCGAUUCUAGCUUUGCCUUACGGAAUAGACGGUUUUACCGUUUAUACUGACGCUUCGCGGGAAGGUCUGGGGUGUGUGCUAAUGCAAAACCAGAAUGUGAUAUCUUUUGCCUCUAGGAAAUUGAAACCCCACGAGCGGAACUACCCAACCCACGACCUGGAGUUAGCUGCAGUUGUUUUCGCUCUGAAAAAGUGGAGACACUAUCUAUACGGAGUAACUUUCGAAGUUUACUCGGACCAUAAGAGCCUUAGAUACCUUUUCUCGCAAAAAGAAUUGAAUAUGAGGCAGCGACGGUGGAUGGAAUUUCUGGAGGACUACGACUGCACCAUUAACUUCUAUCCAGGAAAAACUAAUGUGGUGUCCAACGCCUUAAGUCGAAAGGCUCAAGUUGCGGGAUUAAUGGUAAAGGAGUGGGGCCUAUUAGAAUCGGAUAAUAAGCCUCGGCCUUUUCGAUUCCUGAAUGCCUGGACCUCUUCGCUUUCACUGUUGGAAGUGAUCCGCUCUUCUUGGGAGGCGCCUGUUAGUGGGUCUCCCUGGCGGGUGCUGUGUUCCAAGCUUUUAGCUGCACGGAGGGCAAUUCAGCAUUGGAAUAAAAGUUCCUUUGGAAAUAUUUUUGAUAAUGUUAAGGUGGCUGAGCUCCGGAUGGUGCAAGCAGAAGCGGCGGCGGAGAGUACGGAGUCAGAGGAGGCUCACAUUGGCCUGCAAGAGGCGCAGGCAAAUUUUCGGCAUGCGUUGGCAGUAGAGGAGCAGUUUUGGAGCCAAAAGGCGAGGGUCAAAUGGCUUUCACACGGGGACCGGAACUCUAAGUUCUUUCAUGCAGUGGUUAGGCAACGAAGGGUUCAGGGUACGAUUCAUCGUAUCAAGACUUCGGCGGGGCUUUGGGUAGAUAAGGAUGGGGACAUUGCCGAGGAGGCCAUUCGAUUUUUCUCUGGGUUGUUUACAGAGUCGGCGGUGCCUAGUUCUGAGCUGCUGCCGUUGAUUCCGCCUACCAUUUCGCGGGAGGACAACUUGAGCUUGGAAAAUAUUCCCUCCAUGGAAGAGGUAAAAAGGGUGAUCCAUGUCAUGGAUGGAGAUAGUGCGGCAGGGCCGGAUGGCUUCACGGGUAAAUUCUUUACCUUUGCUUGGGAGGUCAUUGGUCAGGAUGUCUAUAAUGCCGUGGUGAGUUUCUUUUGUGGGGCAGAGUUGCCGCGAUUUAUCACCUCGACUUCUAUUACCCUUAUUCCGAAAAUUCCCAAUCCUCAAGAUUUUUCUAAUUUUAGGCCAAUCAGCUUGUGUAAUUUCAUUAAUAAGGUUCUGUCGCGUCUUUUGGCGGACCGGUUAGCUGGACUAUUGCCAAAGUUGAUCUCCCCCCAGCAAUCGGGAUUUGUCCGGGGCCGAAACAUUGUGGAGAACUAUCUGUUAGCCCAAGAAAUUGUUGCGGGCAUCGGGAAAAAGUCGAGAGGGGGGAAUGUCGUACUCAAAUUGGACAUGGCCAAGGCCUAUGAUCGGGUUUCCUGGCUCCAUCUGAUUGGGGUAUUGAGGAAGUUUGGAUUUGGCGAACGUUUCAUUGACAUGGUUUGGCGUCUGAUUUCAAACGUCUGGUUUUCAGUUAUGAUCAAUGGGGCGGCACACGGCUUUUUCAAGUCCUGUAGGGGACUCCGUCAGGGGGACCCGCUAUCCCCUGCAUUAUUUGUUAUCGGAGCGGAGGUCCUCUCACGAGGGCUGAAUAAUCUGGCGGCCCAGUCAUCUUUUUUGGGAUUUACGGUUCCUCAAGGUUGCCCGGGGGUAACCCAUUUGGCGUUUGCGGAUGAUGUGUUAAUCCUUGCUAAUGGGUCUGCAACAGCCCUUCGUCGGGUUAUGAGGGUACUAGAGGCGUAUCAGCGGUCUUCUGGGCAAAUGCUCAAUGCACACAAAAGUGGAUAUUUGGUCCACCCCUCCCUGUCUGUGGCUCGUCGUAGGGUAAUUGAGCGGAUUACGGGUUUCUCGCGCCAGGUUUUCCCCACCCGCUACUUAGGAUUCCCUUUGUACAUUGGCAGGUGUAAGACGAGUUUUUUUGCGGAGGUGUGUCAAAAGGUGAUGGGGAAAAUUUUGUCUUGGAAGUCGAAGUUUUUAUCUUCGGGGGGGAGGCUCAUUCUGAUCAAGCAUGUUCUUUCUGCUAUUCCAGUCCACUUGCUUUCUGCUGCAGUGAUGCCCAAAGCAGUGUUUCGAAUCAUUGAGAGAGCUUGUGCCAACUUUUUAUGGGGCUCGUCGGACGAGGGCUUCAGGUACCAUUGGAUGGGUUGGAGGAAAUUGUGCCUCCCACCGGAGGAAGGGGGUGUGGGGUUUCGGCGGCUCCAGGAUGUAUAUACUGCUUUCUCAUACAAGCUAUGGUGGCAGUUUCGGACAGGGUCGUCUCUCUGGACAACCUUCAUGCGCGCAAAGUAUUGUCGGGGAAUUCAUCCUUGCCAAGCGGAGUGCAAGCCAUUGGUUUCAGCGAUUUGGAGGCGGAUGCAGGAUGUCAGCCGACAGGCCGAACUCUCCAUGGUGUGGCUGGUUCAGGAUGGGUCGUGUCAUUUUUGGUACGAUAAUUGGCUGGGGUGUGGCGCUUUGUUUCUCAGGGCUCCAGUUGUGUUGAAUCUAUCUUUCCGGGACUUCAUCAUUCAGGGUCGCUGGAAUGCCCAGCUUCUGUCUCAGGUGCUCCCAAGGGAUAUUAUUGCUGUGGUGCUGAGUAAGUCGGUUCCCAAUGAACAAAGUGCGGAUGAGGUAGUAUGGAUGCCGACAAGAUCUGGCAAGUUCUCCUUAGCUUCGGCCUAUCAGGAGGUACGCCCGGUUGGUAACUCUUCUUUUAUGUUUUCUUCGGUGUGGCAUAGGCCGCACCCGGCAAAAGUAUCAUUCUUCAUGAGCCGCCUCUUAUGGGGCCGGCUGCCCUUGGAUGAUGUGCUUCACACGCUUGGGUUUCAAUCAGCUUCCAAAUGUCGAUGUUGUUCUCAUCCAGCGGCCGAGUCUUUUGAAUAUGUCUUUUCGACGGGGCAGGUUGACGAGGCAGUCUGGGGGUUUUUUGAGGGGUUGUGUGGCAUCUCAAGUUCAGCUCCUUACGUCCGGGCCCGCCUUGCCUCUUGGUGGUUGGCCUCGCCCAGCUCGAGGCGACGGAAGGCUGUUUUUCAUAUUAUGCCGAGUCUCAUCUGCUGGCAUCUUUGGAAGGCGAGGAACCGUGCAGUUUUUGAAGGGAUUCAGCCGCAAUCCAGCUCCGUUUGUCAGGCUAUCUUUCAGGAGGCCAAGGUUUUGCUUGAAAUUGAGCUUAAGGAACGGGUUGCGGCCCAGUCAUUCUUGCAGUUAUGGGAAUGGGCAUCCCAGUCACGAAGGAGGUUUGGGUUUAAAUUGGUUUGUUGGAAACCAGCUCUAGAGGGGGAGUUUACCCUGAACACAGAUGGCUGCUGCAAGGGUAAUCCGGGGCUAGGUGGGGGGGGUGGGGUUCUACACGAUAGUGUGGGUCGUCCUUUGGUGGGAUUUUCAGCUUUCUUAGGCCAGACGUCUAGUCUCCAUGCCGAAGCCCUUGCUCUCUUGACAGGUCUCCGGAUAUGUGGUCAAAAGGGGGUUACAGAUGUGAGCAUCCAGUUGGAUUCUCAGGUCUUGGUGGGAAUUCUUCAACAUCGUUUGCAGUGUCCGUGGCAUGUUCGUGGGGAGGUCCGGCAGAUUUGGAGUCUGGUUAGGGACCCUUCUAGGUUUUCUCAUUGUUUCCGGGAAGCAAAUAAGGUAGCAGAUGCGUUGGCUAAUGUAGGUGUAGCUCACCCUCAUCAAGCUGUUCAGCUCUAUGAGCACUGGAGUGACUGGCCGCGGCUGGCCCGUGGUGGUGUUAGACUCGAUAGCAUUGGGGUCCCUUCCUUUAGGAUGGUGCGAAACUCCUAA